CCCUCUCCAACUUGAAGCUUAACACACAACAUUCAGUUCUGUUGUUUGCUAUCUCUCUUCAUCUAGUCUGACCUGUGGAGAAGCAAUGGCCAUCUUCUGUUUUCUUGUAGACCAAAGGAAGCAAGUCCGAGGGAGGAAGCCUGCGGCCGGUUUAUGCUCGAGGUGCGGAGGAGGAGCAGUGGUGGCUGACAUGAAAACCUCCACAAGAUUCUGCGGGGUUCCCUUUUACCGCAAAGCUUGGAAGGCCAUUGUCUGUCACUUCUGUGGAGCUGUGCUCAAAUCUUACCACUGAUAACUGAUGUACCAACCAUAUUUGUUAUUUUUUUUGUUUUUCUAAAUAAUUUGUUUGUUUUAAUGAAUCAAGCUACUUGCCAUUGUAUGUAGCUUGACUGCCUAGAGAGCCCCCUACUGUUUUGUUGUUAUUCAGCUAUUUUUCUAUAAGCUUUUGA